AUGAUUGAAGAUAUUAAUAAAAAUGGCAAUGAUAAUACCAGCACCAAUAACGAAAUUAUAGAUCAAAUCAAAAUAAAUGAAAAUAUAUUUUCAAACUUUAAAUAUCUAACAACCACAGAGUUUGAAAACAGUAAAAAAGAAAUUCAACAAUUGGACGAGGAACACAACUUAAUUUUUAAUCAAUAUUUACCAAAAGAAUAUAAAGAGUCACCAUGUAUUAAUAAAGAAAAAAAAUUAAUAGAAUGUUUAAUAUCUAAAAAUAAAGAUUUUAUAUUAUGUUCUGAUAUAUUAAAUGAAUUCGCGAAAUGUCAAGAAAAAUAUAUCAGAGAAUAUAAUAAAUAA